AUCCCACAAUGCCCUUGUCGGGGCCGGAGAUGGAUGCUGCCUGCUGCAGCUCGUGAGCUUCUGUUGAGCUGACGCUUGUUUUCCCUGCCGCAGCUCGUGCUGCCAUUUCCAGACGGUCAUCUCCGAAUAGCCGUUCGCGAUCACCAUCUCGUGCUUGACCGUGCGGCGAACACAGUUCCCCGCCGCUUUGGGUUCCUUCAACAAACGCGACCAUAAAAAGGACGGACACUGUCAUCCAGCGAAACCCACCGUAGACCGUCUCUGUCUCCCGGAGUAGCCGGGGAGAGGGGGUCCAGCGUCAGCCGCAGCAUGAGCAUGGACCCCCUGGCCAAGCCCUGCCCGUCCCAGGCGGAGCACACCCCCGGGACCUUCAGCGGCCGGCUGACGGCGCUGGAAGCUGCGGGGGAGGACAGCGAGUCCGGCUGCGGCGAAGAGGAGGCCAUGGGGGGCAGCGAUACGUUCACUAGCCUCGUCGAGAUGGAGGUGGAGACGCUGGAGGAGAAAUUAAAGGGUCUGGCUUUUAGGAAACAGACUUCGUAUAGGAAAGCCAUCUCGCGGUCGGGUCUCCAGCACUUGGCCCCGGUCCACAAACCCAUGCCCCCCAUCACAAACGGACCGUCCAAGGAGAUACGCACGUUCGUUGACUGGACAGAGACUGCUGUGAACGGAGACCACCUGUGGCUGGAGACCAGUUGUUCUGGAGAGCUGUGCUACCUGGGAGAAGACACCUGUGUACUGAAGACUGCAAAGUCUGCCCCCAGGAGGAAGUGCGGAGCGUGUAAGAUCGUAGUCCACACCGCCUGCAUCGAGCAGCUCGACAAGAUUAACUUCCGCUGUAAACCAACGUUUAGAGAAGGAGGCUCUCGCUGCCUCAGAGAUAAUAUGUUGAGGCAUCACUGGGUGCACCGGCGCCGCCAAGAGGGGAAAUGCAGACAGUGUGGGAAGAGCUUCCAGCAGAAGUUCUUCCACAGUAAAGAGAUUGUGGCCAUCAGUUGCUCCUGGUGCAAACAAGCUUUCCAUAACAAGGUGACGUGUUUCCAGCUACAUCAGAUUGAGGAGCCCUGUUCACUGGGGGCUCACGCCGGGGUCAUCGUCCCCCCCUCCUGGAUCAUCAAAGUCAGGAAGCCACAGAGCUCAUUCAAAAACUCUACAAGGAGGAAAAAACGCACAUCAUUCAAAAGAAGGACCAGUAAGAGAGGAACUGACGAGUCAAAGUGGCGCCCAUUCAUGCUGAAGCCCCUUCCCUCCCCUCUGAUGAAACCUGUUCUAGUCUUUGUCAACCCCAAGAGUGGAGGCAACCAGGGUACUAAGGUGUUACAGAUGUUUAUGUGGAUCCUGAACCCUCGCCAGGUGUUUGAUCUCUCCCAGGGAGGGCUCAGAGAGGCGUUGGAGUUGUACAGGAAAGUGCCAAACCUGCGUAUCCUGGCCUGUGGAGGAGACGGGACGGUGGGGUGGAUCCUGUCUGCUCUGGAUGAGUUAGGAAUGACCCCCCAUCCGCCUGUAGCAGUACUUCCUCUGGGGACAGGAAAUGACCUCGCCAGGACUCUCAACUGGGGAGGGGGUUAUACAGACGAGCCGGUGUCCAAGGUACUGUGUCAGGUGGAGGAUGGCUCUGUGGUGCAGCUAGACAGAUGGAACCUUCAGGUGGAGAGAAGCCCCGCCCAGCCGGAGGAGGGCACACAGAAGCUCCCACUGAACGUGUUCAACAACUACUUCAGCCUCGGCUUCGACGCCAACGUCACACUGGAGUUCCACGAAUCCAGAGAAGCCAACCCUGAGAAGUUCAAUAGUCGCUUUCGCAACAAGAUGUUCUAUGCAGGGGCUGCGUUCUCCGACUUCCUCCAGAGGAGCUCCAGGGAUCUGUCUAAACACGUCAGAGUGGUGUGUGACGGGACGGAUCUCACUGCUAAGAUCCAGGAGCAGAAGUUCCAGUGCAUCGUCUUCUUAAACAUCCCCAGGUACUGUGCGGGCACCAUGCCGUGGGGGAACACAGGAGACCACCGGGAUUUUGAGCCUCAGCGCCAUGACGACGGCUGUAUUGAAGUCAUCGGCUUCACCAUGUCCUCCCUUGCGGCACUGCAGGUAGGAGGUCAUGGUGAGAGGCUGCACCAGUGUAGAGAGGUGACUCUGACCACCUUUAAGACCAUCGCUGUACAGGUGGAUGGAGAGCCGUGUCGCUUGGCCCCCUCAACCCUCCGGAUCUCCCUACGCAACCAGGCCAACAUGGUACAGAAGAGCAAGAGACGCACCUCAGUACCCCUGCUUAAUGAUAUUCAGAAAGUGUGUGCAGCAGACCUGCGCCGCCUUUCUGCUCCCCCUGACUCCUUCUCUGUCCCCCAUGCUGUCCCCGAGCGCCUCCGCCUCAGAGUCAACCGGAUCAGUCUGCAGGACCACGACAGGCUACAGUUCGACAAGGAACGACUCCGAGACAUCUCGGUCGCCGUGGGGAUUGUGGUGGUGAGAGGGGACUGUGACCUGGAGACCUGCAGACUCUACAUAGACAGGCUACAGGAGGAUCUUCAUCAGGCUCCAUCUGCUGGCCACCGAGUGCAUUACCAGGAUGAGUGUCGAGGUCUACCGCGACCUGGCUCCGCCCACAGGCUGUCCCCCAACUGGAGCUUCCUGGACUCUACGUCCGCAGACCGUUUCUACCGCAUAGACAAGGCCCAGGAGCACCUGCACUAUGUGACGGAAAUCUGCCAGGAAGAGGUGUUUAUCCUGGACCACGAUGGACUAGCGGGGGGACCGGCCACAGGCAUGCCUGACCUGGUGGUGGAGCCCAACUCUGGGAGCCCUCUGACGUCUGAGGAACAAGCACUGCUGACGGCCGCCUCCUCUGGGGACCUGACUACGUUGUCGGGCAGCUUCUUUCGCGGGACCAGCCUCCUGGUGAGGGAUUCUACUGGUUGUAGUGCACUACACCUGGCCUCUCAGCACGGACACACUGAAGUGGUCCGCUUCAUACUGGAGCACGGGUCAAAGGUGCUCCUGGAUUUAACCAACAGAGAAACAGGAGAUACUGCCUUGCACAAAGCGGCCUCUCGGAAGCAUCACGCUGUGUGUCGUCUUCUCAUGGACUCCGGAGCUUCCCUCAUCAAGACCAACUUCAAGGGUAAGACCCCAGUAGAGCAAGCUCGUGAUGCGGGGGACCAAGAGCUGGCCUCCUACCUGACCAGCAAACAGCUCCCUACCACUGUCUCCCACGAAGAUCUAGAGACUGCUGUAUGAGAGAGAGAAGAGAAGAGAAGAGAAGAGAAGAGAAGAGAAGAGAAGAGAAGAGAAGAGAAGAGAAGAGAAGAGAAGAGAAGAGAGAGAGAGAGAGAGAGAGAGAGAGGACUUCACAUGGAGAGAGGGGAGGACAGAGAGAAGAGGAUGAGAGAUGGAGGAGAGAGGUAAGCCCCCUUCACCUCCAUAGAUUGACUGAGGGAUGGACAGGCGGAUGGACAGACAGGAGCAGCCUGACGUGCUUUAGACUCUGUUCUAUCCUGCACAGGAAAAUGUUUCAUCAAAAUUAAUAUUGUUUAUUAUUGCUUUUAUUUAUUUAUUGAUUGAUUGUAAACGUAUGGGAGUGUUGGGGUAUGGAGUUGCCUGUUGUUCACUGAAUACCACGGUCUGGGCUAGGUUAGGGUUCAGGGGGUUAGGGGUCAGGGAUCAGAGGUGAGGGUUCGCAGACACACAGACCCUCUCUCAGUGUGGCCCUGCAGCCUUACAUACUGUACCAACGCGGUUCAACCACGGUUAAACAUACAUAGUUUCAAUGUAUGUAUUUCCCAGAAGGCCUUUGUGAAUCAUUCAGACGUGUGCCAACGACACGCAGCACUGUGAGGCAGGGACAGCACCCAGCACCCUCCAUACUACUACCACUGCUACAUUAGGAUACCACUACUGCUAUCCCAACAACACUGCUAGGCUUGUAGACAACCAAUUCUAAGCCUCCAUAACCCCCCCCCUGGAGGCCAGUAUGGGACUGAGAUGAGUGGACAGACAGCUGGGCAGACAAAGAAAAGAGAGACGGACUGAUUCUUCAUGCAGCCCCGGGGACCCAUUACACACCCAACCUAGAGCUCUACCCGAGCAGCAUGUACAUACCUACAGAAUGUGUGUUUGUGUGUUCAGUUCUUUUAGACUUGCGUGUGCGUGCAUAUGCGUGUUUGUGUGAUGCAGAGACAGAGGGGGAGUGUGUGUGUGUGUGUGGGGGUGGGGGGGGGGUGGGGGGCUGCUUGAGAGAGAAUAGUAAAAAAAAAGAUUCUGAGCCAUAUUCAAUGCAAUAUGAAUGAAUGAUUUUUGUGCAUUUCCCUAUUCAUGUUUACAUUACAUUAAUGUUUUAACAGUGCUUUAUGGCACCAAGGAGUGUUGAAUGUGCAAUUUCUUACCGUGCUGGUGUGUGUGUGUGGUGUGUGUGUGGCUGUGUUUCUGUUGUUGUGGACACCUCAAAGGGGUGGGUUUAGUUUGGUUGACUUUAUAUGAUUUAAACACUAAAACUACUGUUAGGUAUUGUAAAAACAGCUGUAAUGUGUUAAGAUGACUGUUCUGAAAACCAAGACAGAUGUACUUUAGUACUUGACCUUGUUUUAUUUAUUCAGCGUCUACCAGUGGUCGAAUAUGACCUGGGAAAUGUUAAUGUUUUUAUGUUGUUCUGCCUCCCUCCAUCCCCCACUACCCUGCCUGGACGUGCUUAGCGCCACAAACCAUAGAGAUAGAUUGAGGAAUCUAAAUGAAUAUAACCCGUUUUAGCAUGGGCAUUUCCAUUAAGUUUUCAACCAUUUUCUUUUAGUCAACUGGGUGGGGAUUCCUAUGGUUGGGACUUUCAGCCAAUGAUCCGAGCAUUGUCUUCCACUUCUUCAAAUCGGGUUGCCUAUGGUUUGCAAAUGGCUUUAAGAUAUAUUACUGCCAUCUAGUGGCCACGAUAAAUAAACGACACACAAGAUUUUGUUCAGGAUUCUAGAACUGCAGGUGGUGGUAAAUUGCCAAUACUAGCUUUUCACUUUUUUUUCAAAUACAAAUUGAGAAGAAAAUUGACUACUCUAAAAUGGAGAUGCCCAUGCAGUCACAUAUGCCAUUUUGGCACAGAUACAAAGAUGAGUCCUCUAUCUAUCUCUAUGAGACAAACAUCCAUUAUUUAUGAUUAUUGUGAAUAAAUUGGAUAUGAUUUUGUAUUAUUUUGUGUUCUUUAUUAUUCAACAUUGUUGUGCAUGCCAUUUUCCUUCCCUCCUUAGAAGUUGCUACCACAUAAUAAUGGCAUCACAAACUGGCAUUAUUAUUAUUAUGUUAUUAUCAUUGUUAAGAUUUGAAUAGUUUUAUACCUAAGUAUAUAUGGGUAAGGUUUGAAGUGUUUAAUGGUUCUACUUUUGCUUUUGUAUUUUUCAGACCAUGGGAUUACUUGAAUGUUGUUGUUUAUUUUGUAUUCUCUAAAAGUCGUAUAGUGCUGCCUCUCACAACGUUUCCUGUGUUUUGAUUGGUCAUUGACGUGAUGUCACAGUGAGGUCACAGUAAUGAGGGCCUGUGAGGAGAGUCUCUUGAAGUCUCCCAACGUUCUUAGUGUCUGUGAAGAUGAAUUUGAACACUAGUGUGGUUGAAUAUCAAGGCAGCCUGCCCCUAACCCUAGGAAAUAACCUUAGAGAACAUAAUAAGAGAACCUAGUGGGAAUGCUGUAUAUUCAGUCUACUGAGAGACCUUAUCAGUAGUCAGUUAGUCUCCGCAGUGUGCCUGUUAGAUAACCUGUAAUUAUAAUGAUUCAGACCGGUGUCUGUGUCAAAUACUCGAGGUGUGCUUUGCUUGUCUGGUACAAUGGAACCAAUAGAAUAGUAGCAAAAGUGCAAACUCCACCCAACCUGCAUGCUAGUCAAGCCAAAUGAAGUGCACCUCAAGUAUUUAACGAAUCGGACCUAGGUCUGACCUUUACCCUCCUAUAACCCAGUAAUACCCAGUACUACAGGGCGUUGAUAAGGCCGGUACAGACAUGGAGAACAAUAGCUGCUGGUCAUACUGGGUACUACUACUUCUAGAUUUCUUUAGCUUCUUUUGAGUUUACACUGAUUUCCCUCAAUCCCCAUUUUCCCCCCACAGGGAUUGGUUAGUGCCAUAUUGAGUCUUUCGAUGUUACAGUAACAAAGAUGUUGCAGAUGUUACAAGAACUUUCUGAAAUAAUCGGACCUCAAACCAAAAACACUCUUCUCCCACAGAUAUCUUCCAACGGGGACUUAAAAGGUUUUCACCCAAAAUCACUGUUGUUCAACUGUUAAAUGUUCUGCAAGUUAUUUGGGGAAAUAAAAUGAUGUUUGAGAGGCAAAUAAAGCAUGCCGGGGUGUACAAUUGUAACAUCUGAAUAAUCGUAUAAUUUUAGAAGAAGAUUAAAGUUUUCAUUGAAACA